AUGGGAUCUAAAUCACACGGUGAUUAUACUGUGGGAUGGAUUAGCGCCCUACCAAAAGAACAGACUGCGGCAAUGGCGAUGCUUGAUCAGAUACAUCCGGACCUUGAAAAUCCCCCAAACGACCACAAUGCAUACACUUUAGGGUCUAUCGGUGAACACAAUAUCGUCGUAGCCUGUCUCCCAAAGGGAAAGAUAGGAACCAAUUCGGCAGCGAUAGUUGCAACUCGGAUGGUAGACACUUUCCCAUCCAUCAAGUUUGGUCUGAUGGUUGGGAUCGGAGGUGGCAUUCCACCAAAAGUUAGACUUGGCGACGUUGUUGUAAGCUCCCCAGUUGAUGAAUACCCUGGUGUGGUUCAGUGGGAUCUUGGUAAGGCCGAAAAGGACGGCAAGUUCAAGAGAACGGGGGCACUUAACAACCCCCCAAGCGCACUACUUGCGGCAUUAACAAAGCUGGAGAGCAAUCAUGAAAUUUCGGAAUCCAAGAUCCCCCAGUACCUGAAUGAAGUUGAAAAGAAAUGGCCGAAACUAGCUCCACGGUAUACUUCAUUCAACUCUCUGAAAGACCCACUACUCGUACCGAGACAUUGUGAGGAUCAGAAUCCAAGAGACGUGCGUGUACAUUAUGGCCUGGUAGCGUCAGGUAACCAAGUUAUCAAGGAUGGUGAGUUACGAGACAGCCUCAACAACAGCUUUGGGGGCAACAUAUUGUGCGUCGAGAUGGAAGCGGCAGGACUGAUAAACGACUUCCCGUGUAUUGUUAUUCGAGGGAUCUGCGACUACGCCGACUCGCGGAAGAACAAGGACUGGCAAGAAUACGCAGCAAUGAUAGCUGCUGGGUAUGCGAAGGAGCUUCUAGGAUAUGUACGACCGGUCGAUAUCCAUGCAGAGCGUCCAGUGAGAGAUCUGCUACAUAAAGUCGCUAUCAAUAUCGAGAAUAUAGAAUCAAAAUUGGAGAAAAAGGAAGAUCUGAACAUUCUUGAAUGGCUUUCAUCGACUGACUACACUCCCCAACAGAGUGAUUUUAUCAAUAGACGACAACCAGGGACAGGCCAGUGGCUUCUAGACUCAGCGAAGUAUAAGAAGUGGCUAGGCGUCCGUGGUCAAACGUUGUUUUGUACGGGAAUUCCUGGCGCCGGGAAGACCAUCUUAUGUUCUCUCGUAAUCGACAAUCUCAUGGCAAUGGCCUCCGUUGAUUCUACUAUUUCCGUCGCAUACAUCUACUUUAAUUUCAAACGUGAGGAUCAGCAGAGAAUCAACGAUCUGUUGAGAAGCUUAAUGAAACAACUCCUCAGGAAGCUUUCCUCUUUACCGGAUUUCAUAAAAGUCCUACACGAAGAAGUGACAAAGGAUGGCAUACCGCUACCACUAGACGGUAUCUCAGAGAACUUACAGCUUGUAAUAGCUUUAUAUUCGCACGUGUAUAUCGUAAUCGAUGCGCUCGAUGAAUGUCAAACGUCCGAUGGCUGCCGAUCAAAGCUUAUAUCGCAGAUUUCCAAACUCCAGAAUAGCAUCGGGGCCAACUUUUUCGUGACUUCAAGACAUAUCCCGGAUAUCGAGCAGCAUUUUAGGGAGUCUAUCACUCAAGAAAUCCGAGCUAGCAACGAUGAUGUUCGCAAGUAUCUUGACGGUCAUAUGCCGAAUCUCGACGAAGUUGUCGGCGAUGAUGCAGAGUUACGGGAAGAUAUCAAGGACCAAAUUGUAGAAGCCACGGAGGGAAUGUUCCUUCUAGCACAUCUAUACUUCGAAUCACUCAAUGGGAAGACUUCGAAAAGAGAAAUCAAGGACGUGUUAAAAGACUUCAAGAAACGCGGAAAUCGAGAAUUUAAGACUGACGACAGACGCACAUUAUUAGAUGCCGCGUACGACGACGCAAUGGAGAGGGUUAAUAGUCAAAGAGAAGAAAGAAAGCGCCUUGGAAGGAAAGUUCUAGGGUGGAUUACUUGUGCGAAGAGACCGCUCAGCGUACUGGAGCUUCAGCAUGGGCUUGCGGUAAAGAUUGGCGACACCAAACUUGACGAAGACAAUAUUCGAAAUAUCGAGAUGAUCAGGUCCGUAUGCUCAGGCUUAGUUAUUGUCGACGAAGAAAGUGGCAUCAUACGAUUAGUACAUUAUACAACCCAGGAGUACUUUGAUACAAGACAGCAGUCCUUAUUCCAGGAACAGGAGGCUGGUCUCAUGAUGGCCUGCGUUACUUACCUCUCAUUCACCAUUUUUGAGAGUGAGUUUUGUAAUCAGUUAUGGAUACCAAAGCGCAGACUAACACAAACCCCAUUUUACGAGUAUGCAGCUCGGAACUGGGGAUAUCAUGCUCGAGAUAUUACUAUGCGAGAGGAAGAGGAGGAGCUGAUUCUAGGAUUUCUUAUGAAUGACGCUAAGGCUUCAUCGGCUAGCCAAGUAAUGAUGACUAAGAAGGAAAAAUUAUUCCCUGGUUAUGAUAGUGAUUAUGAUAGUGGUGAUGAUUUCGUUCUGAAAAUUCCACCUGAUCAUGGGUCAGGGAUACAUAUCGCGGCGUGGUUUGGGUUGGGAGACAUCAUGAUAGAGUGCCCAUUCCGGAACUCUACCGCAUUGACGUUUGCUGUCGAAAAUGGACAUGAAACGAUUGACCCAAACCUUGGGGAAGAACCCGCAUUGCAUCUCGCGGUUAUGAGGCACUACACGGCGAUUGUUUCGGCGCUAUUAACUCAUGAUAAGGUUGAACCAAAUCGGAAAGAUGGGAAGGGCGAGACACCGCUUUCAAUAGCCACCAAGACUAUUGUCCUAGAUGCUAAAAAUUCCAAUGGUGACACUGCUCUCAUCAUAGCGACGCUGCACAAGGAAGAAGUGAUGGCGAGGAUGCUUCUGGAUAGAGGAGCGGGUCCAGAUCUUAUGGACAAAUUUGAUCGCUCGCCACUUUUCUUUCUAUCAAAAGACGAACCAAACAGAUUAUUUGAGCGACUUGACUAUUAUGGAUCGACUCCAUUAUCUAUCGCAGUGCGUUUUGGGCAUGAAAAAUCGGUAACGCUCUUCCUUGAUACUGGGAAAGUCGACGUAAAUUCCCGCGACAAUUUUGGUCGAACGCCGCUGUGGUGGGCAACUAAGAGGGGGUAUUCUCACAUUUCAAAACUCCUAAUGUCGAGAUGUUCUGCAGCUGCAAAGAUUGCCCAAGACUAG